AUGAGUUUCGCCGGCUUGAAACUCUCUGGUCUAGAGAUUGAAGCUCAAUACAGGCUCAGGCGUCACUUUCAGCGAGAACGUCUCAGGCAUGCUUCAGCAUGCGAUUUAGGAACACUCCCAGAGCAGAUAUGCGUCCGUCAAACCAAAAUCAUAUCAGACUUUAUCCAGUCACACAACCCAAAUUCUGUUUACAUUGCACGAAGUGUACUAAGACUUGUCAAUCUCAAAGAAGGCCUUUUGUUUCACUUUGUUACAGGUUAUUGA